UCUAUUGCACAACUCAAUUUUGGCAGUUGCGGCCACAGCCUGUGGGCUGUGUGAUGUGCUCCGUUUCUUCAGCGGUGUCAGGUGAGACACUGGCUGUUUUGGAUCUCGAUGAGGGUAAGACUGGAAAAGAAAUAAAACAAUCCCUAGCAGCUCAGAUUGGUGUCACCAGAUUUCGGCAAAGGAUCUGGUUAGAAGAUUCGUCCAGAGAAGUUGAAGAUGAUGAGGUGGUGACCUCUGAGAAGCUACGGCUGGUGGUGUUGGAAUUUUGGCCACCAGAUUUUGAGGAAGACACAAAGAUGAUCGACGCAGCCAGGAACAAUGAGGUCGGAACACUUGAGAACUUGCUGAAAUGUCCUCGAAAUCCCAAUACAGAACUCGGAGGCGGAACUCCCCUGCACUACGCGGCCGCCCGCGGACAGAUGGACUCUCUUCGGCUGCUGCUGGAAGCCCGCGCGGACAAGGAUGCCAGGGACUCCGGACCGCAGGGCUGGACCCCCUUGCUGUUGGCAGCCCAAAAUGGCCAGGUGGACGCGGUUAGUUUCUUGCUGGAAGCUGGAGUUGAUGUAUCUUUGGCCACAUGUGAUCUGGGUGGAACCGUCUUCCACAUCGCAGCUGAGAGAGGGCAAACUGAGGUGGUCGACUUGCUGAUUCAGGCUGGAGUGGAGAAGGAGAGAGGCCGGACCCACGAUGGCGCCACCCCGUUGUACGUCGCGGCUCAGAAUGGCCAUGCUGGCAUUGCACGUUUGCUGAUUGAGUCCGGGGUUGACCUUGACCAAGUCAAAUUCGACAGUGGAGCAACUGCAUUGUACAUAGCAGCCCAAUUCGGCCAUGUCCCAGUUGUGCACUUGUUGGUUGAGGCCGGGGCAGACAUGGAGAAAUCAUUGAACACCUCAAGCACCACUGGAGCGACACCAUCGUACAUCGCAGCACACCAAGGUAAUGCGGAAGUUGUUCGCGUGCUGCUCGAGCAUGGUGCUGACUGCAACCAGGCUACAAUCGAUGAUGGAUUCACCUUGUUGCACAUCGCAACUCAGGAGGGUCGUGUUGAAGUUGUGCGUGUGCUGAUCGACUUCGGGGCUGACGUCAACAAGGCCAAAACGGACACCGGAGCCACACCGCUCUUUAUCGCUGCUCUCACUGACCAGGUGGAGAUUGCACGCUUGUUGCUUGAGGCCAAUGCUGAUGUGGAUGAACCCUUAAAUACCACUGGUGCCACGCCCUUGUUCAUCGCAGCUGGAAAGGGCCAUGUCGAAAUGCUUCGCUUGUUGAUUGAUGCAGGCGCAGAUAGGGAUGCGGCCACUACAGACUUUGGGGUCACACCUUUGUUCAUCGCAGUUCAGAAUGAACAUAUCGAUGCUGCUGGUUUGCUCAUUGAGUCGGGUGUGAAUGUGGUCAAAACCCUGAGUGUGGGUCAGCACUUGAAAGCCCCGAAGGCAUAGACAUCCCAUGGAAAAUGCAAUUUGUAAAUUAGGAUUUUGAAUUGCUACAUCUUGCUGCAUCUUGCUACUCAAAUUAAUGAUGCGGUCUCCGCAGCUCCGAGACCCUCUGUGGAUUUUGCAGGCAAAAGCUCUGGAUCAGCACCGUUGCAACAGCAUCCUUUUGUUCACAGAGCCCUGCGCGAAAAAGAACACAAACCAUCCAACAAGUUGUGCAGAUGCAGCAAGGUGUUUCAUGGUGUUCCAUGGUGUUUUCCAGCUUUUUGGAUCUUUUUGGUCCAAAAAUCAUGUCAUUCCCA